AUGGAUAAUGAGCAACAGUCAGUAAGUAGUGAUACCGAGUUGGAAAGUGGGACACAAAGUAAUGUUAGUGACGUAGUUCAGGAAGUACAAUGUGAGAAUCUGGGGGCAGAAGGACAAGAAAUGUUGCCAUUGCCACCCAGUGAUUCAGUUGAUAGCGGAAAUACUGUGCCAUCCGCAAGCACUGGACACGGACCAGAGAGUGGUGAGGUGUCAGAAGUGCAAUCAUUAAGAGUUAUGUUCGAGCGCAUGCUCAAUUUCCAAGCUGAAUUUGUACGUGUGCAAGCAGAGCGUGAUAGAGAACGUGAUGCUAAACAAGCAGAACGCGAUAGAGAACGUGAUGCUAAACAAGCAGAACGCGAUAGAGAACGUGAUGCUGAACAAGCAGAGCGUGACCAGAGAUUGGUAGCUGAAUUUGCCAAACAAGCAGAGCGCGAUAGAGAACGUGAUGCUAAACAAGCAGAGCGUGACCGACGCCUGCAUGAGAGGGACUUGCAGUUGAUGCAAACUUUAGAAGUUAUGCAAAGUGAGAGUGUUAGUUUGAAACAAAAAUAUGAAACCAUACCCAAAACGGUGCAAGAAUUAAGCGAAAGAGUAGAUAGUGUUCAAGUGGCUAACGCCAAUAUAGUAGAGGAAAUCAGUGUCCUGACUAAUAGGGUCGAACAACUAGAAAUUGACACAACUCAAGUAAUUGAGAACAAAGUGAUCGAACAAGUGCACAAAGUAGAAAAUGAAGUCAUAAAAGAAAUAGAUCAGAAAGUGCACGCCGCAAUUGAGGCCAGAGAUGUGGGCUCAAGUGCGGAUGUGCAAGAUCUAAAAAGGAUAGUGCACAAAGACAUUCCGCUGUGGCAGCGGAGUGUGGACCGUCGUCUUGCCGAGAUGGAGCUUAGCUUGCGGCAUGACGAGGCACGGGCGAGGACGUUAAGGCAGCCUCUGAACAGGCUAGAAGUAACGGAAAUGGUUAUAGAAAUGGUAGAAAUAACACGCCUCCACCAAGUAAUGGAAACGGCGGAGGUAAUAAUAGGAGACAGGAGUAUGCACAAAACGGAAAUAGAGGUAGAGACCGGAACGGCAAUAGUCCGCCGGUGA